CCAGCCACAUAGCCUACUGUAUAAAGAGGACCCUCACUGAGAAAGGACGGAACAUUUUCCAACCAGCCGUCUCACGGGAGGGAAUAUCCACUUUACAUUUAGAGGCUUUCAUAUCUGACACGGUUUGCAGUAGUUUGCGAGAUGGGCUCGGUAUUACCCGCAGAGGCUUUAGCCCUAAAGUCUGUAUUUAAAUGUCAGAGUCGGUCCUUGUCUGACAUUAUCACGUCAGACAUUCUGCACAGUUUCUUGUAUGGAAGGUGGAGAAAUGUGAUCGGGGAGCAUCUGAUGGAGGAUAGACAGAGUAGCAUCAGUCCCAAGACAGCCUUCACAGCUGAGGUCCUCGCGCAGUCCUUCGCCGGAGAGGUCCAGAAGCUCUCCAGCCUGGUGCUGCCCAGUGAGGUGAUCAUUGCCCAGAGCUCUAUCCCUGGCGAGGGCCUGGGCAUUUUCUCCAAGACCUGGAUCAAGGCGGGCACAGAGAUGGGUCCGUUCACUGGCAGGGUAAUCUCCCCUGAGCACGUAGACCUGCUCAAGAACAACAACCUCAUGUGGGAGGUGUUCAACGGGGACGGCACGGUGCGCUACUUCAUUGAUGCCAGCCAGGAGGACCAUCGCAGCUGGAUGACCUAUAUCAAGUGUGCACGCAACGAACAGGAGCAGAACCUGGAGGUGGUGCAGAUCGGCAGCAGCAUCUUCUACAGAGCUGCAGAGACUAUCCCUCCAGACCAGGAGCUGCUGGUGUGGUAUGGAAACUCCCACAACACCUUCCUUGGUAUUCCCGGCGUUCCCGGUACUGAGGAGCAUCAGAGAAAGAGCCGGAAUGAGGACUCUCACUCCUGUGACGGCUCUUUAUCGUGCUCCCCCUCCUCCUCUUCUUCCCCGUCUGUGACCAGCCGCAUGCGCUGCGUCAUCUGCCACCGGGGCUUCAACUCUCGUAGCAACCUGCGCUCCCACAUGCGCAUCCACACCCUGGACAAGCCGUUCAUCUGCCGCUUCUGCAACCGCCGCUUCAGCCAGUCGUCCACCUUGCGCAACCACGUGCGACUGCACACCGGAGAGCGCCCCUACAAGUGCCACGUGUGCCAGAGCGCCUACUCCCAACUGGCAGGGCUGCGGGCACACCAGAAGAGUGCCAGGCACAGACCAGGGGCGGCGGGCGCAGACACUGCCUCCCAAGUCUCACCUCCUCCCCCACCGAUCAACAGGCUGUCCCAACACCAGGUCCCCCUGGUUCACCAUAUCCCCACCAUGGUGCUAUGAUAGCAGAGAGGAGAGAGAGACACUUGCUAAUACAAACUACACUUUACCCAUGCACACCUGGGUCACAGGUUGCGCUCUCUCUCUCUCUCUCGCAGAGGAUGGGCAGCCACUGUUUGCUCGUAUGGCAGGCAUUGCAAUAACUUUGUGUUGUGCCAGAGAGUGUGAUUGGGUGUAUGCCUGGUGGGUUGAACUGAUGGUACAGACAUUCUUAAAUACUUUUUACUGGUUGCCUUAUUUACAAUCUAGUCUCCUUAGACUUACUGGAUAUUAUGUUUGUAAUUCUCACAAAAAAGGUCUCAUGUAGAGGGUCAACUGUUAGUAGAGUCAACUGUUCUACUAGUGCCUGCUCAAAGAACCUGAACAAAGGACUGAAUGUUGGUUUCAAGAGUAUUUUGAGAGUAACUGUCCGUUUAUCUUUGUUUGUAUACUCAAAACAGUAUUGCAAGGACGCAGGAGACCAAAGGAAAUAGUUUUCUAUUCUAGUCAAUAAUUCAAUUGGUAAAGACAAGUACUCUGUAUUUCAGAUAAUUAUGUUUUACCAUAACAGAUUAAGUUUUUGGAUGGUUCUGUCAUGAAUUCAACUUUACAUCCUGUCAUCUUAGCCCCACCAACUCAGGGAGAAGGUUGCUUGAAUAGUAAAGUAGCAAAGGAGAAUUCAAAUGAAAUAUACAGUAUGUAGAAAUUGGAGAGCAGCAGUGUACUUUCAUUUCAGCCUUAUCAAAAUUUGACACUGUGUAAUAGACACUUUAUUUCUGUAUAUUCAUGUAAAGCAUUGUGUAAUUCUGAACUGUAUGUGAAUGUAAAUACAU